UUACGAAAUCAAACAGAAAAGCAGCCCGGGCUGCUGAUGGACAUGAAGGCAUGGUGCUGCAGGAGUGGAAAGACUCCCUUAUCCGCGUGAGAAGAGGGUGGGCAGUUACUAGAAGAGUUGACAAAAGUCUGCACUGUCCAGACACCUAACCCCAGCUACCCCUGCCUCUCGCUCGGACUCACACUUGCUCUCUGUGCUCCUUCAUUACCGUAGCAGUCUAUAGAGUCCGGCCAGGAACCAUGGGCGUCUGCAGCAAUUCCAGCGGUUUAUCUCAGCUCGUCUUCAUUGGUGCUCUGGCUAUCUGCAUGGCUUUUGUGCAGUCAGAAUCAGUUGCUGAUUCCUCCCCUACACUGCAGAAUGAUAACCAGGACACACUAUCUGGCGCUGGAGGCUUCGAUGUGACAACAAAAGUCCCUUUACAAGACACCGCAGAUAAUGGCUACACCUUUGAUUAUGAGGAUGGUACCCCCUCAAUAACUCUGGAUGAGGAAGAAGUUGUGCUGGGGCCUGGUGCCAUCACAGCUAUCGUCAUCGCCGUGUUCCUCGGAGCCUCUGUUCUUCUCGCUCUCAUUGUGAUCACGCUCAGAAAGUUCACUGCCUCUUAAGAAGGGACAUUGAUGUUUGCAUUUCCUCUAUUUCCCAUUCCCAUCUCUUCUUUUUAUUGUAUUUUCAAGUGUCUCAUUGGUGGCAGGUCCUUCGUGAAAUGGAUGCUCUUCACUGAGUUUUGUGAUUUCUUUCUCCUCUCAAACUCAAGUCAGAGAAAACCAGGCUAAGGCUGAACAAAAGGGUAACU